AUGGGUAUAUUUCAAAAUAAACAAAUAACACUCAUUUUCUUGAUUCUUAUUAUUUCCUUAAGUAUGCUUACCAAUUGCAAAAGUUAUGGAGCAGAAGAAGAAAUAGCAAAUUUUGUGUUUGGAGAUUCAAACGUGGAUGUAGGAAACAACAACUAUAUUGUGUCCCUUUCUAAGGCGAAUAAUGUGCCUUAUGGUAUCGAUUAUGGAGGACCGACGGGAAGAUUUACCAAUGGACGAACCAUUGUUGACAUUCUAGCCCAAACACUAGGUAAAUUUGGACAAAGCCCACCAUACUUGGCACCAACAACAACAGGGAGUGUGAUUUUAAAAGGGGUCAAUUAUGCUUCUGGUGGUUCAGGCAUUCUCAACGAGACUGGCUCCAGUUUUGUUGGGAGGAUAAAUUUUGAUGCGCAACUAGAUUAUUUUGCAAACACAAAGCAAGAUAUCAUCACUCAAAUAGGAGAAGCAGCAACAGAAGAGCUAAUGAAUAAAGCCUUCUUUUCAAUUGUAAUUGGCGCCAAUGAUUUCCUCGCUAAUUACUUAGUUCCGGAUAUUAUCAAAGGCCAUCUGUCGAUGACGCCUGAAGCAUUCAUAGAUACCAUGGUAUCUAAAUUUAGACUACAACUUACGAGACUUUAUAACAUGGGUGCUAGGAAAUUAUUAGUGACAAAUGUUGGAGAAGUUGGUUGCAUACCUUACGAGAGAAACGUAAAUCUAUGUUCAGGAAAUCAAUGUGCUGCGUACCCUAAUGAACUAGCUCAAUCAUACAAUGUCAAAUUAAAGAGCCUUUUUACAGAGCUAAACAACAAUCUUAAGGGAUCUAAGUUCGUUUAUGGAGACGCUUACAGCAUUUUUAAUGAGGUCAUCUAUCAUUACCAGUCUUAUGGUUUUGAGAAUGUAAAUUCACCAUGUUGCUCGAAUAAUCCUUGGGAUAAAUCUAGAGGUUUACUUCUCUGUAAUCCAAGUGCUAGUGUUUGCAAUGAUAGAUCAAAGUAUGCAUUUUGGGAUCCAUUUCAUCCAACUGAAGCCAUUAAUAUGAUUGUUGCCAAACGUUUGAUUGAUGGGAAUAUUAGUUAUAUUUCACCUAUUAAUGUUCGUCAAUUACUUAACUCUUGA